GCGAGGCGGAGGGAGGUAGAAGGGAGAUUUUGCGCUCCCUACUCAUUUCCAGACACCGAGUCUGACUCGCCCGCACGCUCGCAGGAGGAGCGAGGAACCAAGGGGGAGAGAGAGAGAGAGCGAGCGAGAGAGCGAGCGAGAGAGACGAUGAGACGCAGACAUGCGCAACGGGGAGACGAGGGCGAGAAAGUGAGAGCGGCAAGUGAAGAGUGAAAGGGAUCUUCAAUCGCAUUUCGGGGAGGCUUUGCCGUGAGCGCCUUCUGUUGCUGGUGUCGCGGGGAGGAGCGCGAUCUACCCCGGAUCGGCGCGUCAAGCAACGCCACGAGGAAGACGUCCUCUCUAGAGAGAGAGAGAGAGCGCGUAUAGGGAGAGGGGGCGAGAUAGAGAAAAAGAGAGAGAGUCUAAGGGGCAAGACAGCCACUGCCGCCCAUAAGAAAAUUUAUUUUCUGCGAUGGGGUUAAAGCCGGGACGCUCACCACCGGCUCGCGUGCCCGACGCCAGCUAAAGAAGGCUCAACACUUGGUGGUGGUGGUGGUGACGAGGCUGGUAGAGGUGGUGAUAGCUGAGUGUGUGUGUGUGGGGGGGGGGGAGGGCGGUUAUCUCACUCCUCCUCAUCCUCCUCUUCUCACCCCCCUCCUCCUCCUCGCGUCUCGCCACUCCGCGCGGCUGAGCGGCGGCGCUCGCGACACGAGGAGAGGCGCGCGCAGUGGAAGCGGUGAAAGUUUUGACCAGGAACACGCGGGGGGGGGGGGGGCGGGGGCGAGAGAUGAAGGCGAUUGGAGCGAGUGCGUGAAGCGGAGGGUGGCGGAGUUGGGCGGUGAGGACGCGCGCCAGUUGAGAGACGAGUGAGAAGAUCUGAGAGGAUCUCGGUUGAGGAGGAGCCGGAGAGAAUGCGGAGGCAGAACGAGAGUGAGGUGCUCGAGAAGCGCGCGAGUUGAGGAGCGCGCAGAGGCUGCCGGCAGCAGGCGGUGUGUGCGUGUAUGUGCGUGCGUGUAAGUUGAACUUCUUUCGCACCGUGCGUAGCCAACCGCGCUAAUCGGAGGUGCGUCAGACUCCAGGCGCGGUGGUGAGUCGCUAGUCCGGCGCCGAGGAGCGCGACCACCAGCGGAGGGCGAGGAGGAGGAGGAGGAGAGGAGAGCGACGGGCGAGGAACGAAUCGGGGAGCGAUUGUGAAAAGCAGAGGGCCCGGGAAGGCGGCUGGCGAUCGUGCGGCAUCAGAAUCCCGCACAGGAAGGGGGUGAGCGGAGUGGUUUAGAGCUCCGACGCGGGUAGAGCGGCGAGGGAGAGCCAAGUGCGGGUUUACGCGCGAGCAAUGGAGGGGGAGCCCGGGUCGGGGUGGGAACCCAUGCGUUCCGACGCCGUGUGGUCCGAGGUGCUCGGCUCGAGUGAUUUCUCCUCCUCAUCCGCGUCUUCAUCCUCCUCGUCCUCCUCAUCACCGCCAGCCUCCGUCCUGCACGAGGGCGAUGCUCCUCUUCAUAUUUCUCCCAGCAACCUGAGUUACCUGCCCUUCUACCAGCACUCCCCUCCCGUGGCGGCCACGUUCAUCAUGGCCUACCUCUUCAUCUUCCUGCUCUGCAUGAUCGGCAACGGACUCGUGUGCUUCAUCGUGCUGCAGAGCCGACGCAUGCGGACCGUGACCAACACCUUCAUCCUCAACCUGGCCAUCAGCGACCUCCUCGUCGGCCUCUUCUGUAUGCCCACCACGCUGGUGGACAAUCUCAUCACCGGGUGGCCCUUCGGCCGCGUCACGUGCAAGAUGAGCGGCUUGGUGCAGGGGACGUCCGUCGCGGCAUCCGUGUUCACGCUGGUGGCCAUCGCCGUCGACAGGUUCCGUUGCAUCGUGUACCCCUUCAAGCCGAAGCUGAACAUCGCCAAAGCGGUGCUGACCAUCGCGCUCAUCUGGGUGCUGGCCGUGUGCAUCAUGUGCCCCUCGGCGGUGAUGCUCACCGUGACCGAGAACAGCGAGCACGUGAUGGUGUACGGCGAGGGCCUCGUGAACGACACCGCGCCCCUCUACGCCUGCUGGGAGGCGUGGCCCGACGGGCCGAUGCACCGCGUCUAUACCACGGUGCUGUUCGCCAACAUCUACCUGGCGCCGCUCACGCUCAUCGUCGUCGUGUACGCGCGCAUCGGCGUCAAGCUCUGCGCCUCGUCGGGCUUGCGCGGCGAGAGUCGCUCGGCGGCGCGACCCUGCACAGCCGCCACCUCGGGAGCCGCGCAGUCGACGUCGACGGCAGGGGAAGGAGGAGGUGGAGGAGGAGGUGGAGGAGGAGGAGGUGCGACAGAGAACCGCAGCGUGGUGUCCAAGAAGAAGGUGAAGGUCAUCAAGAUGCUCAUCAUCGUGGCGCUGCUCUUCAUGCUGUCGUGGCUGCCGCUGUGGACGCUGAUGAUGCUGCUCGACUACGGGCGGCUGGACGAGGAGCAGGUGCGCUUCGUCAACAUCUAUCUCUUCCCCUUCGCGCACUGGUUCGCCUUCUUCAACAGCAGCGUCAACCCCAUCAUCUACGGCUACUUCAACGAGAAUUUCCGCCGCGGCUUCCAGGCGGCCUUCAAGCUGCAGCUGUGCUCGGCCCAGAUGGACCACCACCAGCACCCCGACGCGUACUCGGAGCGCCUCCGCUGCGGGGCCUCCGCCACCGCCGCGUCGUGCACCCUCGUGUCCGCGGCGGACACGAGGGCGGCGGCGGCGGCGGGGCCGACGACGACAACGCGUCCCACGGCCGAGGCGUGGACGUGCGUGGACGAGUCGGCCUCGCCGCACUGCCUCAACGGGCUGCCGGCGCUCUCAGAGGAGGAGCGGCCGGGCGGAGUAGCGGGCACCUCCAGCUCCAACUCCAACUCGCGCGAGUCCUAG